GUCACGUCUUGCGUCACUCGUCAAGAUGGCGGACACACUGGACCUUUUCGUCAGCGUGGGUCUGAGCGAACAGAAGGCGAAAGAGACUCUCAAAAAUGAUGUCCUGACGGGCGAACUCAAGAACAUCAUCAAUAAGGCCAGGAAGCAUUGCAGUACCAUUGACAAGAGCAUGGGGGUGCUCCUGUAUGGUAUGGCCACCAGACUGAAGAGCAAGGGUCGUGCCAACUUCUUGACGGAGUACAUCGCAACCAAGAAGAUCACCACAGAGCUCCAGUUACAAUCUGCCUUAGACUAUGUGAAGUCCCACCCUGUGGACCCUGUGGAUGUACCAGACUUUGAGGAGUCCUGUGGAGUUGGAGUGGUGGUCACUCCGGAACAGAUAGAGGAAGCUGUAGAAGAGGUGAUCAACCAGUACAAGCAAGACCUACUGCAGAAGAGAUACCAUUUUAACAUAGGCAUGCUGAUGGGUAAGGCACGGGGUAAGCUGAAGUGGGCUGAUGGGAAGGCCAUCAAGAACGAGAUCGACAUGCAGAUUUUAGACCUGCUCGGACCAAAGACUGAUGCAGACAAGGAGAAACCAGUAAAAGCCAAGGGUGCUAAGACAGGCAAGGACAAUGUCCCCAAGAAACUAGCAAACAUGGUCAAUGCUGUUCAAGAUGAGGGGUCUGGUGUUAGCAUGAAUGGUGAAGAGACCAGGUCACUGAUGGAACAACUGAGGGGUCAUGCUGUGAACUUCCACAAAACUGGUGAGAACUACAAAACAGAAGGUUAUGUGGUCACACCCAUGACCAUGGAACUACUGAAGGAACAUGUCAAGGCAGUGGAGGGAAAGGUAUGGACCAGGUUUCCACCUGAGCCCAAUGGCAUCCUGCACAUCGGACAUGCCAAGGCCAUCAACUUCAACUUCGGCUAUGCACGGGCUAACGGAGGCGUGUGCUACCUGAGGUACGAUGACACCAACCCUGAGAAGGAGGAGGAGAAAUAUUUCACCGGCAUCAGGGAGAUGGUGGAGUGGCUGGGUUACAAACCAUGGAAGAUCACCCACUCCUCAGACUACUUCCAUGAGCUGCAUGCCCUGGCUGUGGAGCUCAUCAAGAGGGAUCAGGCUUACGUGUGUCACCAGAAGUUGGAGGAGAUCCGGGGUCACAACCCGCCCCCCUCCCCCUGGAGAAACAGGCCCAUCCAGGAGUCACUCAGGCUGUUUGAGGACAUGAGGAAAGGUAAGAUAGCGGAGGGUGAGGCGACGGUUAGGAUGAAACAUAUCAUGGAGGAUGGGAAGGUGGACCCUGUGGCCUACAGGAUCAAGUUCACACCUCACCACAGGACGGGAGACGAGUGGUGUAUCUACCCCACCUAUGACUUCACCCACUGUCUGUGUGACUCCCUGGAGAACAUCACUCACUCACUCUGUACCAAGGAGUUUCAGGCAAGGCGCUCCUCCUACUACUGGCUGUGUAAUGCCCUGGACGUGUACUGUCCUGUACAGUGGGAGUAUGGCCGACUUAACCUGUACUACACUGUCGUCUCCAAGAGGAAGAUCGUCAAGCUCAUCACUGAAGGAAUCGUUAGGGACUGGGACGACCCCCGCCUGUUCACCCUGACAGCUCUCAGGAGGAGAGGGUUCCCACCUGAAGCCAUCAACAACUUCUGUGCUAAGGUUGGUGUGACCAUGGCCCAGGUGACCAUAGACCCCACCCUGCUGGAGUCCUGUGUGAGAGAUGAGCUGAACGUCACAGCACCCAGGGCCAUGGCAGUGAUGGAACCACUGAAAGUCACCAUCACAAAUUUCCCCUCAGAUAAGGCCAUAGACAUUGAUGUCCCAGACUUCCCAGCUGAGCCCAGCAAGGGGUCACACAAGGUCAAGUUUGCCAAGACACUCUACAUUGAGAAGACUGACUUUAAAGAGAACAUGGAGAAGGGCUAUCGUCGGCUUACCCCAGACCAGCCUGUAGGACUGAGGCAUGCUGGAUACGUCAUAAAACUGGAGUCUAUGGUAAAGGACAAGAAGGGAGAGCUGACUGAACUGAAGGUGACAUGUCAGAAGGCAGACCAGGCUGAGAAACCCAAGGCCUUCAUCCACUGGGUGUCUGAACCUGUCAGCUGUGAGAUACGCCUGUACGAGAGGCUAUUCAAGCACAAGCACCCAGAAGAUCCAGAGGAGGUUCCAGGAGGGUUCCUGACAGACUGUAAUAAGGACUCCCUGACUGUGAUUCCUGGUGCCCUGUUGGACGCCUCAGUGAAGAGUGCCAAGGUGUACGACAAGUUCCAGUUUGAAAGGAUCGGCUACUUCUCUGUAGAUCCUGAUUCUGCAAAGUCCGACAAGCUGGUGUUCAACAGGACCGUCAACCUCAAGGAGGAUGCUGGGAAAAAUGUUUGACCCAAGCCGAGGGUCGCUGAGGAAAAUGGCAGACAUGGUGGUGGAUUCUGGGAAGACUUCCAAACGGAUCUGUAUCGGUAUAGCCGGUAUAACUGCCCUUCGGUGUAACACACCAGCUGAUGCUAUCAAAUAUUUGGCACUAGACAAUUAGAAGAAGAUUGCUGAAAAAUGGAUGACAAAAUCUGUUGAAGUAAAAUGUGCUGGUUGACUUUAUAACUCCAAAUGUACGGUUGUAUCAAUGAUACUGCACUAACAACUGUCAAUUAUAUAUGGUACGCAGUGCUUCAAAUUAUGUGAAAAACAUAAAAUUAGAACACCGUACAAUGCUGACUAUGAUUGCCCAAACUUCAGGAAAUUUUGUAUGCCGAUUGAACGAACUUCAGGAAGAUGCAUGUUUUUCAAGGAGAUAACUAUUUUCAUAAAUGUAUGAAAAUGACUAUGCGUAGCAUUGGAUUCCUAAUUAGCAUAGACCUUUGCAUAUUGCCUAUAGAAAUUUACAUAACUUGAAAUAGUCAUGAGUAUAUUAGGGAAUGCAUAGAUAGCCACAAUGCAUAAACAAAAUGUACAUCCUAAAAUACUUUUUGAAUUCCAUAUUUUACUACAAGUAUGCCUUACAAAAUACAAGAUGCUGUGAACUGAGAAAUCUAACAUUGUUCAUGUCUGUAUCAAUAUGCUACUAGUCAGAUAUUGGUCU